AUGGAGGUGCUGGUGCUGGCCGGGUACCGUGCGCAGAAGGAGGGUGAGCUGAGCCUGGCGCCGGGGGACGUGGUCCGGCAGGUGUGCCAGGGCCCCGCGCGGGGCUGGCUGCGCGGGGAGCUGGGGGGCCACUGCGGCUUCUUCCCGGAGCGCCUGGUGCAGGAGAUCCCGGAGGCUCUGCGCGGCGCGGGAGAGGCGCCGAGACCACGCCGUGCGCGCAGCCGAGGUCGCCCCGCCAAAUCUCGGAGCUCCCAAAAAUGGUGCAAAGUGAACUUCAGCUACAGCCCGGAGCAGGCAGACGAGCUGAAGUUGCAAGCUGGGGAGAUUGUGGAAGUGAUUAAGGAGAUUGAGGACGGCUGGUGGCUGGGAAAGAAGAAUGGGCAGCUGGGAGCCUUUCCAUCCAACUUCGUGGAGUUGCUGGAGGACAGUGGGCCCCCAAGCCUUGGUAACCCAGGCAUGCCUUCAAUCUUCCUUGAUCCUCAGCAACCGCCCAAGAUGAACAGCCUGACCUGUGACAACCCUCCAGACUUCCUUCGGUCAGUCUUCUACCCUGAGACCUACAGGGCCCUGUUUGACUACCAGCCGGAGGCCCCAGAUGAGCUGGCACUGCGGAGGGGGGACGAGGUGAAGGUGCUGAGGAAGGUCACAGACGAUGAGGGCUGGUGGGAAGGAGAGUCUCAAGGCAAAAGAGGAGUUUUCCCAGACAACUUUGUGCUCCCACCACCCCCAAUCAAGAAGCUGCUCCCACGAAAAAUGGUAUCGCAAGAUUCAGCUCUUAUUAAGGAAUCAAGAAAGAUGAUGCCCAGAACAGCCCUCCCUGCAGUCAAGAAGCUGCCUGGGCCCAGCAAAGCCAAGCCCCCUGGUGGAGAUGGUCAGAAGCGCCCCUCCCGAGACUUGGCCACCAGUAGCAGCCACUUGGGUGGGGUUCCGGCCCAAAUUGGCAGAAAGCGAUCCAGAAUCCAGACUUCCCGGCAACGACCUGCAAACACUCAGGAGGAAGAGCGGAAAAGCCGAGCAAAGGCCCCUCCUGGGAGUAAAACUGCUACGCCGGGCAAGACACUCGCCCCAAAGAAGACCCCGCCUCCACGCAAGGCCCCCAACCCAGAAGGGGACUUUCCUGCGUACGAGGUCCCUGCUCUGGUUGUCACACCUGAGGACGAAGCCCUUUACUCAAAGCUGGUUUCUUCUGGGGACGAGGCUUCGUCCGUAGAAAAGGCCUUGACCUUUGAGCAGAUGCUCUUGGAAGAGACCUCUUCUGGGGACAACACUCAGAUCCAUCCCUUUCCGGAAGCAUCCCCGUCCAAGUCCAAGUCCAAGACCAAGUCUGUGGCCCAUAAGUCAGAGGGAUCCCUCCUUGAUAAGAAGGACAGCUCUGCGCUCCCAUUGGAGGCUAGGUCAGGGCCCCUUGAGAAUCCGGCCCAACCCUUGGAAGAGCCCCCCACCCUCCAGGAGAAGAUUCCUUCGAAGGAGGAAAUGACCCCCAAAGAGGAGGCCUCCCCCAAAAAGGUAGCCUCUGCUCAAAAGCAUCCACAUCCCACCAAGCCGGCUCCAGCCCCUCAAGGAACUCCCACCCUUCCUUCCCGGGUCUCACUAAGUCCCAGGCUCAGCAAAACUGACAAAGAGGAGGUGACGAGGCUACAGGAGGAGGUGACGAGGCUACAGGAGGAGGUGGAGUCCUUGAGGAAGGACCUGGAGCGGAUGGGGGAGCUGCUGGAAAGUAAGCUCAUGGACCUCUGGGAGGAACUGAAGAGCGAGAGGGAGAGGCGCCGGGUGCUGGAGGUUCCUUCGAACCUGAGGACCGACGCGGAAUUCCUGACCCCAAGCCCCAGCCCCUCGCAGUCGCAGUAA